AUGUCGACAAGAUCUGAAUAUAGCAAACUUUUUGAAAAGAGAACUAAGAAAAUUCAUCAAGGUGAAAGGUUGCUUAAAUGUCCAGAAUGUGAGAAAUCAUUUAUUAGAAAAGAUGAUCUUGUUGAACAUCUAAGAAUUCACACAGGAGAGAAGCCAUUUACAUGUACAGAAUGUUAUAAUUGUUUUAGUAAGAAGUCACAUCUUGUUCGACAUCAGAAAAUUCACACUGGAGAGAAGCCAUUUUCAUGUCCUGAAUGUGAGAAGUGUUUUAGUAAAAAAUCAAGUCUUGUUAAACAUCUGAAAAUUCACACAGGAGAAAAGCCAUAUUCUUGUACUGAAUGUAUGAAAUGUUUUAGUCAGAAAUCAAAUCUUGUUCAACAUCAUAAAUCUCACACAGAAGAGAAGCCAUAUUCAUGUACUGAAUGUGAGAAGUGUUUUCGUUGGAAAUCAAGUCUUGUUCAACACCUGAGAAUUCACAGAGGAGAGAAGCCAUUUUCUUGUCCUGAAUGUGAGAAGUGCUUUAGUAAAAAAUCACAUCUUGAUACACAUCAGAGAAUUCACACAGGAGAGAAGCCAUAUUCUUGUACUGAAUGUAUGAAAUGUUUUAGUCAGAAAUCAGCUCUUGUUCAACAUCAUAAAACUCACACAGAAGAGAAGCCAUAUUCAUGUACUGAAUGUGAGAAGUGUUUUCGUUGGAAAUCAAGUCUUGUUCAACAUCUGAGAAUUCACAGAGGAGAGAAGCCAUUUUCUUGUCCUGAAUGUGAGAAGUGCUUUAGUAAAAAAUCACAUCUUGAUACACAUCAGAGAAUUCACACAGGAGAGAAGCCAUAUUCUUGUACUGAAUGUAUGAAAUGUUUUAAACCACUCCUGAGGACUAUAAGGAAUAACCCGGACAUUUCUGGUCUCAUGGUAAAGGAAAAGGAGUUUAAGAUAGCAGCCUAUGCAGACGACUUGUUGUUCAUGAUAACCAAUCCUCAAGUUGCCCUCCCUAACCUAAUUGAGGAAUUCAAAGUAUUCCAUAACUUGUCCAAUCUUAAAAUUAACUUCCAGAAAUCGGAAGUGCUUAAUGUCUCCAUUCCACCGGCUCUAGAAGCCGAACUGGCGGGUUCCUUGCCUUUCCGUUGGGCGACAGCAGCUAGAGCUUGUGUCCCUGCGAGGUGGAAGUCUAGUUCGCCUCCCUCCGUGGGAAUGUGGAUUCAGAAGGUUAAAGAGAUUCGGAGAAUGGAGGAACUCACAGCAUCUCUGAAAGGUGGUAACAGAGCUUUUGUUGCUAUGUGGUCUCCUUGGUUCACCUUUCAGGACUCCGCGGAGUAUCGGAAUUUGCUGUCUUGA